AAAAACAAAUGUACUGGUUUUCUUGGAGGCGGCCAAAAAAGAGGGUUUAACGGAGGGUUUAGGGUUCCGAUUCGAUUGAGGAAGAGUACUCAACCCGAAGAAAUGGCUGCGGUAGCAGCGACUGUUGCAGGAAGAUCCACAUUUCUGCGUCAAAUCCUGAGAACAACGACGACAAGUACCAGAAGAAUCUCGUUCACUCUUCGCGGCACCAGAAUUUCCCCUUCUCCUUCAAGGUUUGUUCGACGAGAACUGAGCUCUCUGCAGCCGGUCCACAGUGCCAUUGCCUCAGCCUGUCUCGUCUCCAAGCUCCCUAGCUACACCAAUGCUUGUGUAGAAGGUAGGUUUGCUAAUUAUCUCAGUCCCAUCUAGUAGCAGGUGCUUGAAGUUCCCUUCCCUCACCUUACCAAUGCUGAUAACUUCUUUGUACCAAGUUAGAAUUCAGCUCUUUCAGUGCUUAAUUGCAUAAACAUAUUUGUUUACCAGUCUAUACUACUGUAGUAAGUUAUUUAGUUGUUUCAUAAAAUUUUCCUACUUUGCUUUUUGAUGACUCUAAUUUAAGUAUGGUGAGUGGAAUAAUGUUUUACUCAAAUAUGGUUCAAAGAUCUUAAGUUUCUAUUUUGUAUCCUUCCUUCCCUAUACUAAACAGCUCCUAAUGUUGCUUUUGCAGUUUAUAAAUUUUGAUAUCAUAUGAUUUGAGGUUGGCCGCUAUGCCUUCAGAAUUUUAUCUCACUUUAAUGGCUUUCACUUGUAAAUUCUGAAAAAAAACGGAUGAAAGCUUCCUGGUCUUUUAAGCUUGUCAAAGCUGGAAUUCAUUUAAGAUCAUGUGAUAACAUGGUUCCAUGAUUGACUAGGUCUGAGGGAUUGCUCUCAAUUAAUACUUGUGUAAACAGUGAUGGCAUUAAAAAUUCCACUUGUUUAUCUUAUGGAACUAGCCAAGCAGGGGACCAUGUUUUGUCUCACGCUUGGUGCCUGAAAGUAGGCUGAUUACGACUAGUAUGGGUAGAAGGGCCCUAUUACCAAAGCUGAAAUUUACUUGGGAUGUUGACUGAUUUCUAGUUUAACCACUGCAGGAGUUGGAUAGAGUAAUUUUGGUCCCAAGGAUAGGUUGCUAGUAAAUAUGACUGUUCCUGGGAUUUAUCUGAUGGUAGCAAUGCUGAUUGCUGUGUCCUCUUAUGCAUAGUGUCAAUAACUUGAAACAUAUCACCAUGAUUCACAUAAGUGGCUUGUCUUAAAAGCUAGGUAAAGCUGUGUCUGUUUGUGUUUAUCCAACACAGCCUGCAUUUUGUUCUCCCGUUUUGCACCCAGUUUUUAAUCAACGAAGAUUCUUAUCUUGGUGUAAGAUCUUGAAUAAGGAACAUUUAUGAAA